AUGUCUCAUGGAAAUGCCAACUCGUUAACUUCUCUCACUGGAAGAAAUGGAGAACUACUGGAGUGUUCAAAAGCGGAGACAAAUGGAGCCUCUGCAACAGACAGAGUGCUGCCAGUGAGAAUUGAUGGAGGUCCUGGUGUAAGAGGCCGAGGGCCAGUUAAAAAAAAGCUGGGUACCAGCAGCACUGCCUUCAUUGGACCUGUAUGCUGUCCUCCUAAGGCAGUCCAGAGAGCUCCCAAACCCCCAAAAGUAAGGAAACUUGCCAAACCUAACAUUGAAGAGACACUGAGUGAGUUCUACAAAGAGCUUGAGGAGAUUGAUCCAAAAGACAGCGUUGACAGUAGCACGGCCAAAAAUGAAGGCUCAGUUGAAUUACUCACCGCUCAUAACCCACCACCUGCAAGAGAAGGGUCAAAUGCAAGCCAUGGCCAUAAGCAACCGAAUCACGUGCCUUGCCCACACUGGUAUGACAACGAGCCAUACCAGCCCAGGAGACCGAUACCUAGGGGGCCCAGCUAUGGUCCCUACUCAGAUCAUAAUCACUGGCAACCUCCCGCACCUUUCCACAGUCAGCCAUACUACAGGUUCCACAGACCUCCCCACCGCUUCCCGCCACCACCUCCGAUCCCCUGCCUCCCGCCACCACCUCCCGCAGACCACCGGUAUCACCCCCAACGAGAGGGCUCCCAGCAGGUCCCACCUUUUCACAGGUUCCCUGUCCCUGAUGGGUACAGGAACUCUCCAGACUUGGAUGGCCAUGGCUUUCCCCCACAGCACUCUAACAACAGAGACAGAGGGGGCUACGGUUGGAGAGAUGACAAGUAUGACCAGCAGGGUAAUGACCAGCAAGGUUCUUCUGAAUGGCAGCAGAGGUUUGACCAAGGACCUGAGCCACCUCAGCCAGAGGAUCAGCACCAACCACCAGAAGAUAAAACAUAUGACUAUGAUCCUUCUCUGGUUCUCAUUCUGAUGAGGGGAGCCCCGGGAUCUGGGAAAUCAACACUGGCCAGGGAACUGCUGUCGACAGGCUCCAGCGGGCAGGUUCUGAGUACAGAUGACUACUUCUCCCAGGAAGAAGGCUACACCUACGAUCCCAGUCUGCUGGGGGCCGCACACCACUGGAACCAGAACCGAGCCCAAGAAGCCAUGUAUAAAUGCUGUUCUCCUGUCAUUAUUGAUAACACAAAUAUGCAAGCUUGGGAAAUGAAGCCAUAUGUUAAACUGGCCUUGGAGAGAGGAUACAGUAUCAACUUUCAUGAGCCUCACACCAGCUGGAAAUUUGAUCCCGUCGAGUUAGAGAAGAGAAACAAGCACAGUGUGUCAAGGGAGAAGAUUGGACAGAUGCUGGAACGGUUUGAGCUGCCCAUGUCCUUGGACAUUGUGAUGAACUCCCAGGAGCCUUUCAGACCCGCAAGACAUCCCUCACAGCAGCAGAGACACAGCGGGGCCAACCACUCAGACUUCGACUAGUCCCUAUGUCCUGGUGUGUAUUCAUUAGUGCACACCAUAGCAAAAUGUUCUUCAGUUUCGCAAAAUGCUAUGCGAAAGAAAAACAAAAGCAAAUCUUUCUUAUUGGACAAGUUUAAGUAGUCCCUCCCCGUUUCUGCUUUUUUCCCCCUAGUAAAUACAACCCUGAUGACUAUCCACCAACCACUCUCUGCCUUUUGGUUUGAAAAAUAACUAAACCACACUCAAUGAUCAGAGACGGAGCUGUAUUACUAUUUUUUUUUUUUAAAUGAUACUACCAGCAUUUUACAGGAUUGUUACUGUAUUUGAUUUAUACUGGCAGAAUUUAAACCUAUUUUUGUGAAAAUAAAAUUUUCAGUGGCACUAAAGUCAAUUUUUUUCUAUGCAUUUCAACUGUAUAAAUUACAGUACCAGUCAAAAGUUUGGACACACCUACUCAUUCAAGGGUUUUUAUUUAUUUUUUACUAUUUUCUCCAUUGUAGAAUAAUAGUGAAGACAUCAAAACUAUGAAAUAACAUAUAUGGAAUCAUGUAGUAACCAAAAAAGUGUUAAACAAAUCAAAAUAUAUUUUCUAUUUUAGAUUCUUCAAAGUAGCCAUUCUUUGCCUUGGUUGGCAGCUUUGGCACACUCUUGGCAUUCUCUCAACCAGCUUCACCUGCAAUGCUUUUCCAACAGUCUUGAAGGAGUUCCCACAUAUGCUGAGCACUUGUUGGCUGCUUUUCCUUCACUCAAUGGUCCAACUCAUCCCAAACCAUCUCAAUUGGGUUGAGGUCUGUGAUUGUGGAGGCCAGGUCAUUUGAUGCAGCACUCCAUCACUCUCCUUCUUGGUCAAAUAGCCUUUACACAACCUGGAGGUUUGGUUGAUCAUUGUCUUGUUGAAAAACAAAUGAUGGUCCCACGAAGCGCAAAUCAGAUGGGAUGGCGUAUCGUUGCAGAAUGCUGUGGUAGCCAUGCUGGUUAAGUGUGCCUUGAAUUCUAAAUAAAUCACAGACAGUUUCACCAGCAAAGCACCAUCACACCUCCGUACAUCACGGUGGGAACCACACGUGCAGAGAUCAUCCGUUCACCUACUCAGUGUCUCAGAAAGACACGGGGUUUGGAACCAAAAAUCUAAAAUUUGGACUCAGACCAAAGAAGAGAUUUCGACUGGUUUAAUGUCCAUUGCUCGUGUUUCUUGGCUCAAGCAAUUCUUUCUAAUUGCUGUCCUUUAGUAGUGGUUUCUUUGCAGCAAUUUGACCAUGAAGGCCUGAUUCACACAGGCGCUUGAUGGUUUUUGCGACUGCACUUGAAGAAACUUUCAAAGUACUUUAAAUUUUCUGUAUUGACUGACCUUCAUGUCUUAAAUGAAUGAUGGACUGUUGUUUCUCUUUGCUUAUUUGAGCUGUUCUUGCCAAUAUAUGGACUUGGUCUUUUACCAGAUAGCCCUAUCUUCUGUAUACCACCCCUACCUUGUCACAACAAAAGUGAUUGGCUCAAACGCAUUAAGAGGGAAAGAAAUUCCACAAAUGAAUGUUUAACAAGGCACACCUGUUAAUUGAAAUGCAUUCCAGGUGAAGUGCAUUCCUCAUGAAGCUGGGCAUCAAGGCAAAGGGUGGCUUCUCAAAUAUAAAAUAUAUUUUGAUUUGUUUAACACUUUUUUGGUUACUACAUGAUUCCAUAUGUGUCAUUUCAUAGUUUUGAUGUCUUCACUAUUAUUCUACAAUGUAGAAAAUAGUAAAAAUAAAAACCCUUGAAUGAGUAGGUGUCCAAACGUUUGACUGGUAGUGUAUGCAUUUUUAAUUCCAUUAUUUUACUUUUAGAUAUGUGUGAAUUUUUAGAUACUACUGCACUGUUGGAGCUAGGAACACAAGCAUUUCGCUACAUUUGCAAUAACAUCUGCUAAAUAUGUGUAUGAGACCAAUAGUUUGAUUCGAUUUUUUACUUGUACAUUUUUGUCAUUAAAAAUUGUUAAAUGGG